UCCUCUCUGACUCCUUUCCAAUUUUCUUCAUGAACACUCUUUUUGUCUUUUUCCUUUCCCCUCUCUAUAUAUUGAAACCUUAAACAUUCGCCUACAUCUGCAACACAUAUCUAGAAAGAGAGAUACAGAGAUUGUAUAAGUAAACGAAGGGAGAGAGAGAGAGAGAGAAUAGAUCUAGAAAGGAAUGGCAGGAGAGAAAUUCAUCUGCUUUCUGGCCUUUGCCAUUAUCAUCCUUGUUAUCUUCGACCCGGCUCGGGCCGAGGAGGCUUGCGACGGAGAUAUAGCGGAUUUAGUACACAAUUGCAAUCAGUUUGUGAAAAAAGAUGGCCCGAAGAUACCACCCUCUGAGGAGUGUUGUGCAAUCAUAAAGAAAUGCAACGUGCCAUGCGUGUGCAGUCACAUAACUAAGGAUGUCGAAAAGACCAUCAGCAUGGAAAAAGUUGUGUACGUCGCAGAAUGCUGCAACCGUCCUUUCGCUCAUGGAAGCAAAUGUGGAAGUUACACAGUUCCAAAGGCAUGAAGAGAAAAGGAGAAAGAGUUGGAGGGGAGAAUAAUUAAAGAUCAACUAUGAUCUACUUUUCAUUAAUAUUUUGCUGUGUACAACUCUUGUUGUUUGAUUUGAAUGGAUGAUAUGUA